AUGAGUUCCGACAACAUGUCUUCGACAACUCCGCAAAGAGCAAAAAACCAAAGCCAAAUCGACAUCGAUGAUCUCGAACUAAAGGCCCAGGGGUACACCCGAGAGAUGCCCAGGCGGUUCUCUCUUCUCUCGCUCAUGUCGAUGUCAUAUGCUCUGUUGGCAACGUGGAACGGGUUUGGGAGCGCAUUUGGCACCGGGUUCACUGAGGCUUCUUCGGCCGGUUCAAUUUGGACCCUGGCCAUUGCGGCAGUUAUGACAGCCGUCACGGGAAUCGGCAUGGCAGAGCUGUCUUCCGCGUAUCCUGUCGCUGGAGCCCAAUACUACUGGUCUUAUGUGGUCUCGAGCCCUGAAUGGGGUCCGUUCGCAUCAUAUAUGUCGGCUGGAAUCAGCACUCUUGGGUGGUGGCUGGGUCUCGCCAGUGUGACGAACUUCAUCGCCGCAAUGGUUGUUGGCGUUGCCGCUCUGAACCAUCCGGACUAUACCAUUGAGCGAUGGCACAUCUGGUUGAUCUUUGCUGCAGUUACUUGGGCAGCCAUCGGCAUGAAUGUCUUUGGAACGAGAUAUCUUCCCUUAUGGAACAAGUUCAUUCUGUAUUUUUCUGCCACGACCAUGGUGGUUACGAUCAUCACGAUUCUGGCUUGUGCUGCGCCCAACUAUCAGUCUGCCAAAUUCGUCUUUUCCGACACCACCAAUUCGACUGGCUGGUCCAAUGACGGCCUUGCUUUCCUCUUGUGUAUGGUUAACGCGCUCUACGGUUUCCUGGGCGUGGAUUGCGGCGCUCACUUAUGCGAGGAAUUGCCGAAUCCCACUGUAAACGUCCCCAAAGUCAUUAUGUAUCCGGUUUUGAUGGGAUUCAUGACUGCCUUCCCUUUCGCCAUAUCGCUGUCAUUCGUCAUCACCGACUUUGAGCAAGUCAUCAGCACACCUACCGGCCUUCCUUUGAUUGAAGUGUAUUAUCAAGCGACAGGCAGUAAGGCCGGCACUUCGGUACUGAUGGUAGCAUUCGCCAUUUGCUUUUUCGGUUGUGCUACGGCCAAUAUCACGAGCUCGAGUCGACAAAUGUGGGCUGCUUCGCGAGACAAUUGCUUUCCAUUUUCGAGGUAUUGGAAACAAGUACAUCCGCGCUGGCAGAUGCCAGUCAAUGCUGCAUGUCUGUCCGGAACGCUGGUCACGCUUUAUGGUUUGAUCUUUCUGGGCUCAUCGACUGCAUUUGCUUCCAUGGUCGGCGCUUGUAUCGUGUUCAUGACCACCUCCUACGUUGUCCCUCAGGGAAUCGUGGCAUGGCGCGGACGUGAUAAAGUUCUGCCCCGUCGAGCUCUAGACCUGGGUAAAUGGGGGCUUCCCCUGAACGUAUUCGCGUGCGUUUGGGUGAUGUUCAUUGAUAUCAUUUAUUGCAUCCCGGUUUCCUACCCCGUUACGCUGGAAAAUAUGAAUUGGAUCAGUGUGGUUACUGUGGGUCUGGUCUCAUUCUUGCUCGCAGCCUGGUUCCUAAGCCAGAGACACGUUUUCAAAGGACCGAAUAUCAAUUUCGAACUUCUUCAGGCGGCGCGUCAGGAUGAACUUCUCGGCCAUCGAACCCUUGAAGGAAUCGCAGUUGGAGGAGACGAUGAUGAUAUUCUCCAAGCUCUUCGACAGCGGUCUAUGUCAGAAGGCAAGAAGAUUUGA